AUGAUGUUCAAAUUGUUGGCAGGAACUGUAUAUCGUGCAAGCGCUCACUCGUAUUCUCCGGCACUACUAUCCAAUAACCCCAGACUCGCCACAAAGCAAGUACUUUUACCGUCACCCAUUUUUCAGAGUCUACGCAACUUAUUCAUACAAACGUCGGAUACGCCCAAUGAUCACGCACUAAAAUUCCUACCAUCUAUGCAAAUACUAGGCGAGAAUGAAACUCGUGAGUAUCUCAGUGGGAGAGAGGCACAUUCUUCGCCCCUUGCGGUGAAAUUAUUCAGUGUUGAUGGGAUCAGAUCAAUCAUGUUUGGUUCAAACUUUAUAACAAUCGAGAAAAGUCCCCAUAUCGAGUGGCAGUUGUUGAAGCCGGAGAUAUUCUCCAUCCUUACUGAAUAUUUGACUAAUGGAUCCCCCAUUAUUGACACUGAUGGCGAGGACGCAGAGUUGGCGAGCGAUGUUGCCUUCAAUGAAGAUGACGAUGAGGUUGUGUCAAUGAUCAAAGAGUUGAUCUUCACACGGAUACGUCCAGCAAUUCAGGACGAUGGAGGCGAUAUUGAGUUUGUGGACUUUAGAGACUCGGAUGGGACUGUAUUUCUCAAGUUGAAAGGAGCAUGCAGAACCUGUGAUUCAAGUUCAGUCACAUUGAAAAACGGCAUAGAAAGUAUGUUGAAGCAUUAUAUUGAAGAAGUCCAGUCGGUGGAACCUAUUGAAGAGGCAGUUGAGAGUGCUGAAGCACCAAAUGAGGCAAGUAUCUCUCCUCGAAGCAGAGGCUCUGUAUAA